AUGGCGAGCAACGGUGAGCUGAAGAAUGUCCCGACCAUCAAGGCAUACAAAAAUCCCGAUUGGUUGGGAGCUCCCACUUCGCGACAUAUCAGGAUCAUGUGCGAACUCUAUGAGCCCAUGAAGCGCCUUGACGCACACUCCAUAGACAACUAUUUCAUCAUAGUUGGUUCGCACUUGGUUAUGCACCCAGAGGACCGGGUGAAGCACAUUGCUGGGCUCGAGCAACAGCUGAAGAAGAUUACUUCUGAAGAAGAGGUAGAGGCCGUCCAAGCAAAGUUACGCUUCGCCAAGAAGAUGCAGAACAUGGACAAGUUCUAUUCGAUGGCACUGGAGCUCGGCAAGAAGCUGGGCGAAUGGAAUAAGGAACGUGCCGCCAGUGGCAAACCGUCCUACCACGUCAGCACAGGUGGCGGGCCUGGCAUCAUGGAAGCAGCCAACCGGGGUGCCCAUGAAGCAGGUGAGACCACGCUAGGCUUUGGUGCCAGCAGACCAGAGUGGGGCUCUUUGAACAGGUACGUCUCCGAAGAGGGCGCCUUUGAAUUUCAUUAUUUCUUCAUGAGGAAGUUCUGGAUGGCGUACAAGUGCAUGGGGCUGGUCGUGAUGCCGGGAGGCUUCGGGUCCUUAGAUGAACUCUUUGAGAUGCUGGUGCUUUUGCAAACCAAGAAGAUAACACAUCCGAUGCCAAUUAUAUUGUUGGGCGCAGAGCACUGGAAGAAAGCCAUCAAUUUCGACUAUUUGCUUGAGUGCGGGAUGCUCACGCAAUCACACUUAGAUAUGUUGGUUUUCAAGGACUCAGCAGAGGAUGCGUUCCAGUACUUGGUGGAGUCAGUCCGAAAAGCUGAGGAGAGCGGAGAGACUGAGCAGGUCAGGACUUGGGCCGGUCGAGCUUACACAGAUGAUGAGCUGUCCCGUCGCUUUGAGAGUCAAAGUGGAGGCGAUGAGGGGCUUAUGGACGAAGAGGCGGCCAAAAGGUUGGUGGCCAGAGAAAGACAGACUUUUCAGAGUGACCUCAUGGAUGAGGAGACCGUGAAAAGAAAGCUUGCUGCGGAGCGAGCGCAACAAAAUGAAAAGAGCAAAAAGGAAGAAGAUGAAGAGGAAAGGCAGCGUGCCAAUGCAGCCCGUGCAGUAUUCAAGGAUGAUAGCAGUGACAGCAGCAGCCGAAGCAGGAGUCGCAGCCGUAGCAAGAGGCGCACAGAGAGCGAGGCUGCUGGAUCUGAGCAGAGGCCUGAAGCUGAAGUCCAGCCAGGUCAAGACUUCCUACCUGGAUUUCGGGUAACCUUGACAAAUCUGAAGCAGGCGGCCUCCCUGAAUGGCUCGCGAGGUGUCCUCGAGCGCUUCGAUGCCACCUCCGGGCGCUGGGAGGUCUCCGCCACCCGCCACGGCACGCACCCCAGCCUUCAAGAGGAACGCUUUGCAAUAAGGUUGGGCGCUGUUAUACCGGAUGGUGCAGAUGUGGUGCUGGCAGCGAACGGCCGGCAGAAGGCAGAGGUCGUGAGAGGCCCAGAGUCCUUGACUGGGACAAGAGACUCGAUUGCAGCUACCGUGGCUCGAUUGGUGUUGAGGUGUGCAUGGAUGUGGGUGGCUCAAGAGACUUACUCUUUGGCUCUUUGUUCCCCGGAAGAUGCUUUUGAGGUGCGGCCGCUGGCAGGACAAAAGGGCCUCACCUGUGGUGUUGACACCAAUGCCGGAGCAAAGGACGGGCAGACGCUAUUGAUGAGAAUGAUAUUUAUCAUCGUUUCCAUGCACCAUGCAGGCAUCGAACUUGAUUGUAACUUUCAGAUGUGCUUUUCUGCCGGCCUUGAUGGAUGUCUGGUUCAGGAGAGGAAUGAUGACCGCAUUGCAGCGCAAGACCUGCAUGAGCUCGGGUUCUUGACAGGCAUCUUUGACGGCCAUAGAGGUGGUUCCUGUGCUGAGUUUGCGGCCAAGCAGGUCCCGGCCAACGUGCUUUCUGCGUACAGGACACGGGCGAAACGCGAAGGGAGCUUAGUGAAGCUUUCGGCUGAGAAGGAGGCAGCUCUCAUUGCGGACUCGCUGGUGGACAGCUUUGAGGCUUGGCUGCAGGCUGCGAAGAAGAAAGAUGCCCAAGAGGGCUCCACAGGCAUUGUCACCCUGGUGUCUCAUGGCUUCACAGCCCCAGUGCAGGCAGUUGCGAAGCUGUUUGUGGCGUGGGCCGGUGACUGUCGAGCAGUUCCCACGUCGCCGCGCAGCCUCUCUGAGCUUUGGCCCAUGGAUCGAACGCCCGCGCGAUCUGGCCGGACCUCACGGUACGCCUUGGAAGAGACGCCCGGAAAGGUGACCAGAGCGACCAAGCGCCCUGGGUGGACAGAUUCCGAAGAACAGCCGGGUGGACGGAUUGUGAAGGAGUCCGAAGGGCAGCACAAGCUUCCUGUGAAGGAGCUGAAACUUGCAGAGCCACAAGUGUCAGGCAAAGUUACAGAAGGCUCCAAGAGUGCCGAUGAGGUCCUGAAGCUGACGAUCCAAGAAGGUCCUGAAGGGCCGACGUUCCAGAUGGAUGGCAAGACCUACCGGGUAACAGACAUGGCCGCGAUGCUUGAAGUGGGAACCAUUAGUUGCUCUACCAGCACGAAGAGAAUGAGCCUUGCUGAGUUCAAGCGGCAACGAGCCCAAAGCAAGAAGUCAGAGGCUGCAAUUGAGAAAGCUGGUGGCCUGGUAGUCCGCGACGCGCACAAAGUGUGGCGUGUUGGGCAGGGCACUUGGAAUAUUUCUGCACUGGCCUCAUCUCCCCUCUUCUUCAACAUUUUAGCCACAGGUUCCUCUCCACAUGCAGAGGAUUUGGAGAUCCCACCUUCAAGCACCCGGAUCCGAUUGCUGGGGGCCUUCGAUCCAGACAGAGACACAGUGCCUGAGGACUGGGCUUACAUGAUUGGCAGUGAUGGCAUCUUCGAUGCCCUUUCCGACCAGGAGGUGGCUGACAUCAUUUGGCGUGCCAUGGCUGGCGAGGGUAAAGAUGCAGUGAGGGCUGCCAAGGAGGUGGUCAGUGCAGCCCUUCGCAAGGGGAGCCGUGACAAUAUCACAGCAGUAAUUUGCCGCUUUGGCUGGGCCACACCACCCCCAAUGGACCAAGCGGCGGCUGCUGUUAUGUCCUCUGCAGGCUUGGACACUAGCAGUGCUUUUGCCCCGCAAGCAGAGCCCUCCGAUGAUGUCAAUAUGUUUGGGUAGCUUGCUCCUCUUCACUUUCCUCCCCAGGCUUAGACAAGUCCGAGACCCUACUUCUCUUGGUUUCCGGGCAAAAGGUAGCUUCCCUCAUGACGUACGGGUCAACAGCAUUUCAGCAUUUUGCAUGCUGUUGGGAGCUGGGGGCUGACUGUUUCGACUUAGGCCAUGAAAACACAGAGAGGCCCUUUGUCAUACUCUUCUGCAUUGGACCAGCUUCUUGGGUCGAUCGAUGUGCAAGGUCCGAUGGGACCUGCUUCUCACAGCUGACGGCCAAGUGAUCGCAAGCUCCGAUGGUUCACCAGCUUCGGCUCUCCGGUUUGCCGUGCGCAGAAAAUCUCGGUGUGCCGGAAGAUUUCUGUAAGCAAGCUAUGGGAGGAAUGAGGCAACAAGUCUUCGCUAAAGUAUGCAAAAGAUGGAAAGAAUGGCCACUGCUGAGCCCGAGCG